AACGAACCAUUAGUCACCAUAUUGAGACAGUAGUAUCGUGGUGGCGGCAUUAAUAAGCUUUUUUAUGUUUGAGGAGACCACAUUUCGUAUGCCACCCAAGGCCAGGGCAGCUGGAAAAGGGAAAGCGCCAGCUAAGAGAAAACUGGCAGAGGAAUUCCCACCUGGAGAAAUUCUGACAGACACAGCCAAGAAAAGCUGGAAACUUGGGGCUCCGAUUGGCCAGGGGGGCUUUGGUCUCUUGUAUCUUGCAAGCGAUGAUGCAUCAAAAGCCGUUGGAGCUGACGCGCCGUAUGUCGUCAAAGUGGAGCCGAGCGAUAAUGGCCCUCUUUUCUCCGAGCUGAAGUUUUACAUGAGAGCCGCCAAACCUGAACUAAUUGGCGCUUGGAUAAAGUCACGGAAACUGAAGUACUUAGGAGUUCCAAAGUACUGGGGUUCAGGACUUCAUGAGAAAGGAGGGAAGAGGUACAGAUUCAUGGUCAUGGACAGGUUCGGAACAGAUCUGCAGAAGAAGUUUGAGCAAGGUGGCAAGAGGUUUCCACGGAAACUGGUCCUUCAGCUUGGCCUUAAACUUCUUGACAUUCUAGAGUACAUCCACGCGCAUGAAUAUGUACAUGCUGACAUUAAAGCCUCCAACCUGCUGCUCUCCCACAAGAACCCCAAUCAGGUUUACCUGGUGGACUACGGGCUGGCCUAUAGGUUCUCGCCCGAUGGUGUGCCAAAGGAGUACAAAGAAGACCCAAAGAGAUGUCAUGAUGGGACCAUUGAGUUUACCAGCAUUGAUGCACACAAAGGUGUCACUCCUUCAAGAAGAGGAGACCUUGAAAUCCUGGGCUACUGCAUGAUCCAGUGGCUGUGUGGCCGUUUGCCGUGGGAGGAUAAACUCCAGGACCCAGUUUAUGUCAGAGACUCGAAAUUAAGAUGUCGUGACAACAUCAGAGAUUUCAUGAAGAGCUGCUUUACCACAGGAAGUGAACCAGGGGAAAUGGCAAAAUUCAUGGAGGAGGUCAAGUCACUGGGUUACACAGACAAGCCAGACUACCAGAAACUCAGAGGCACUCUGCUGCAGGGCCUGAAGAGUAUUGGUGCAACUGACGAUGACAAGCUGGACUUCUCUGUGUCGGUCAAUGGUGCAAGUCCAUCCGCAGCCAAGAGCACCAAGCGAAAGAAACCGGUGGAAAAAGGGGCAUCUAAUGAUGAAUCCGAUGGCUCCCCUGCAAAGAAGAGUCGGCCUCCCCCGAAGAAGGAACUUAACGGUGUGAAGAAGGCCGGUCCGAAGAAGCGUUUGGUGGAGAUGGGCACUCAAACAUCUCCUGGACUGAAGAAAAGCCGCGGCAGGCCCAAGAAGAAUGCAUAACUCUCCCCUCUUUUAGACUAGUGCAACUCCCAUCCCCCCAUCCCCCCCCCCCCCCCCCCCUUUUUUUUUUUUUUUUUUUUUUAAAACAUUUUUCUAUGGUCUGUGUUUGUUCCCUAGCUGUACAUUUUUUGUCUUAAACUUUCGCAGGAUGUUGGGCACAUUCUCAGUAAAAUAAUAAAUAACGCAAAAAAAGAAAAAGAAAAGUAUGGUUGCUUUGAGUAGUGAGUUAUUUUCAUCCUCUUUGUAAUGGCUUGAAUAAUCAAGGCUGUGCGGAUGAGGUCCGGAGGGGAUUGCUUUGCCCUCGAUAAGGAAAUCCCUGAAGGAGCUCGCAGAGUCCCGACUCUUUCCCCGCCGCUUCGCUCUCUUGUUGUGCAAUGAAAGGCGUGGCGGUGCGGCUGGCGUUCUCUCGUCUGUGCGAGCGGCGAGCUGCUCUUUGAUCGGGGCGCUGAGGCGGGUGAAGGCGCGGCAGACGCUGCCAUGUGCGCCAAGGCGUUCUUCAGGGAAGGGCUCUGUGGAUGAGUGCCUUACCUCUCCGCUCUUCCGCCAUUUGAUCAGCAGAAGACAAAAGACAAGCACUUGGGUCCCGCUUUUUGUCACUCCAGCUCCAGCUCCACUCUGCCUCGCCCUGCUCUUCCCUACCAGGGAGAUGUCUUCACAGAGCUAUCAUUAAAAGUUAGUUGUGGGUGUAAUACUUGCCUGCUGCUAUCAUGUAUUGUAACUUUGUCAUUGGUUUUGAUAGCAUGCAGACAAGCGUUUGCGAGUGUAUUUUUAGGUCCAAGUGUCAUCUUAGACGUUUCUUACCUGUGCUGCGUGCUCUGACAUUGAGAGAGGGCAGGAAUAACUCUUGAGGUAGAUGGGUAGAGAUGAAUAGUGCACAUGGGCCUAAAAAAAAAAAAAAAAGAAGUGUACUAAGGUAACAAAG